AUGGCUCAUGGGAAGAAACCAGGGAAGAUCACCAGAAUCCUGGGACCCAGCCCUUCAUCAUGCCCAGGAGGAUCCAUAGAGAAGAAGCCAGGAACUAUUAGGAGAAUAUUGGCCCCCAGUCCUCCGCCCAGCCCGGGUCCCACAGGAUCCACAGAGGAGUCUAAUGAAGGACCUCAUGAUGAAGGACCUCAGAAAGAAAGACCACAGAGUUUGAGGCGUAAGGACCCGCCACCCUGCCCUGACCCCCUAUCCACAGGGGAGCCUACUGAUGAAGAACCCUGGGGUCUGAGCAGCAAAGGCACAACUGAAAGACUACAUGAUGGAAUUCGGAGUCUGAAGAGUGAAGGCCCUCCUCAACACUCGCAGAGCACCAGCAAUGAGGAGCUGGACAAUAACAAUGAAGAGAGGACCCCUGGGCCUGCAUCACCUGUCCCUGCUAGCCCAACCCAGGUCCGCCCAACCCAGGCCUACAGCAAAAUGACCCAGGCCCAGAACUACCCUCGGCAGUCAGACGCCCAGGCCAAGAACUACCCUCGGCAGUCAGACGCCCAGGCCCAGAACUACCCUCGGCAGUCAGACGCCCAGGCCCAGAACUACCCUCGGCAGUCAGACGCCCAGGCCCAGAACUACCCUCGGCAGUCAGACGCCCAGGCCCAGAACUACCCUCGGCAGUCAGACGCCCAGGCCCAGAACUACUCUCGGCAGUCAGACGCCCAGGCCCAGCAGCAUCUCAGAGAGAUUCCAACGAGCCCCAGCACCAGGCCCACCUCUGACUCCCCAUCCAGUCAGGAGACAGGAGACAGGAGACAGUCCAGGGCUGUUAAACCAUCACCUGUCCUUACCAGUCCUUACCAGCCGUGUCUGAUUAGUCCCUCCAGUUCACCUCUUCCUGUCCCUGCUAGAGCUAGUGUCUCCUCCAAGAUCUCUCUGAACCUGCCCGGUGACUCCACCACCCCUGACAGCUUGGAGGAGGAGGAGGACAGCUGCUCAGAGUACGACAAUGUGGGUUCAGAUGUGGAAGGUGUGGAGCAAGACAUUGAUCAGGUGCUGCAGGUGGAAGACCAGGGUAUGGAGGUGAGGUACUACCCUGAGGCGCAGGAUGGUAUCUAUGUGGAACACCAAGACGGAACCUACAUUAAACACCAAGACGGAACCUACGUGAAACACCAAGACGAAACCUACGUGAAACACCAAGACGAAACCUACGUGAAACACCAAGACGGAACCUACGUGAAACACCAAGACGAAACCUACAUUAAACACCAAGAAACACACAAGACGGAACCUACGGACAGGGAAGAUGGUAAGGUCUACUCUUUGAGAAACUGUGACACCCCUGAGGACAGAACGAUCUCAGUGUGUGUCUCAGAGUCCCCACAAAGGGCCCCCUAUAGGGGAAGUGGAGGGGGAAGGGAUUGGAUUUGUGAUGCCCCUCAAAGGGCCCAUAAGGAGGUGAAGAGGCAGGGGAGGGGAGGAGGACGAGGUGGGAGGAGCGAGAGGGGAGGAGGAAAGAGUGGGAGGGAAGGAGGAAGGGUCGGGAGGGAAACUGACAGGGAGGAAGACACCGGACAGAUAGUAUCUGAGAUUAAGGUAUGUAUGAGCAGUAGCAGCAGCUCAGAGACACAGGACUGCAGAGAGGCUGCUAUCAGGCCCAGACCACCAAGGCCAAGGCCCAGGCCUAGAUCCGGGCCCAGUUCCAGCACCCCACAACCUCACCAGACACAAUCCCACACCCAGACCCGCCCAAAACAGGCCUACCAGACACACACCUACCUGACAGAGUGCCAUACUGGACCGACAAAAGCCCACCCAGCACAGAACCACCACCUAGAGGCUCAGAGCGACGCCCGACAGAGCCAGCAGACUAAGACACAGGACUGCAGAGACGGUGCCAUCAGUUCUAUACCUAGAUCUGGCUUCAUCACACCACACCCUCACCCUCCUCAAACCCCGGCCCAAACGCAGCACAGCCAGGCCCAGCAGACACACACCCAGCCUCCCCAGAUCUGCCCAAAACAGGCCCAUCCGGCAAAGACACAGGCCCAGACCCAGGCCCGACAGGUCCUGCCGACAAAGGCCCAAAACCACAAGAGACAAGCACCCACCCAUCCGACACAGGCCCAGACACUGCAGCACCACAGAGAAGGUUCCGUCAGGCCCACCUUUGACUGCCCUCCCACUCACCAGACCCAGACCCAGCAGACUCAGCAUCGCAGAGAGAGUCUCACCACUGAGCCUACACACAGCCAGGAGAGCCAGGCUCAGACCCAGCAGUCAGAGGCCCAGACCCAAGCCUGGCAAAUUCAGGAUCGGAGAGGGAGUCCCAUCACUUCUGACCCUCCUCCCACCCACCAGACCCAGGCCCAGAACCAUCCUCGGCAGCAAGAGGCCUGGCAGACCAUGCAACACCGUAGAGAGAGCCUUACCAGCCCCAGGCCCGACUCUGACUCCCCACCCAGUAAAGCCCAAAAUGACCAGUUUCCGUCCCAGCAGCACUACAGAGAGAGUCUCCCCAGGUCCCGGCCCACUUCUGCCUCCCCUCCCAGCCACAAGACUCAAAUGCAGGACCACACUCCCCACACCCGACAGACACCGCAGCAUCGCAGAGAGAGCACCACCAGUCCCAGGCCCCCCUCUGACUCCCCUCCCCUCCAGGAGAGCCACCAGGCCCACAUCCAGGCCCACUCUUUUCAGACCGAGAGCCAGGGCAGACAGACCCAGCAGCAUUGCAGAGAGAACACCACCAGCCUCAGCCCAAGGCCGACUUCUAACUCCACUCCUAGCCUGGAGAGCCAUCCAAGGAUUGUCAAUGUAUCACCAGCUUCACAUCAGAACACAGAGCCACAGAGGGAGUCCCCAGAGGAGAGACAGACAAGAACACAGACACAGAUGCCUCACGAUGUCUCAGAGCAGCAGCCAGGCAGGCCCCAGUGCCCAGAGCCCCGGGCCCUACAGAAGGACAGCAACAACACACCUCAGCCUGAACCAACACAGAACAACGCCUCGUUCCCCAGCUUCGUGGAUGUCCCAGGUCCGUGUGAGCCGGAGGACCUGAUCGAUGGGAUCAUCUUUGCUGCUAACUACCUUGGUUCCACACAGCUGCUGUCUGACAAGAACCCAUCUAAAGGAACACGCAUGGCCCAGGCGCAGGAGGCUGUCAGCCAGGUCAAGAGCCAAGAUGAAGACUCUCAGAUGGUGACAGAAGUUGACCUCUUCAUCUCCACCAAAGCAGUCAAAGUGCUGAAUGCUGACACACAGGAGACGCUGAUGGACAGUGCGUUGCGUUCAAUAUCCUACAUCGCAGACAUCGGGAGCAUCGUGGUUCUGAUGGCUCGUACCCGUAUGGCAGGAACAUCCUCGCAGGACUGUACUGAAGCUGAUAUCUCCUCCUCAGAGGGACAGAUACACUACAGAAUGAUCUGCUAUGUCUUUGAGUCAGAAGACGCCCAGCUCAUUGCCCAGUCCAUCGGACAGGCAUUCAGCGUUGCCUACAGGGAGUUCCUCCGAGCCAAUGGGAUCAAUCCUAAGGACCUGAGUCAGAAGCAAUACAGUGACAUCAUCAAUUCCCAGGAAAUGUACAAUGACGACCUGGUCCAUUUCUCAAACUCUGACAACUGUAAAGAGCUGGAGUUGGAGAAGCAGAAGGGCGAGAGCCUAGGUGUGGUGAUAGUGGAGUCUGGCUGGGGCUCCAUCCUGCCUACGGUGAUCCUAGCUAACAUGUUGAACAGCGGCCCAGCUGCCCGCUCUGGGAAGCUCAACGUGGGAGACCAGAUCAUGUCCAUCAACAACACUAGCCUGGUAGGGCUACCACUAGCUACCUGCCAGGGUAUCAUCAAGGGUCUGAAGAGCCAGGUUCAGGUGAAGCUGAGCAUCGUGAGUUGUCCUCCUGUCACCACUGUCCUCAUCAAGAGACCCGACCUCAAGUUUCAGCUGGGCUUCAGUGUUCAGAACGGCAUCAUCUGUAGUCUGAUGCGCGGCGGUAUCGCAGAGCGAGGAGGGGUGCGAGUCGGCCACAGGAUCAUUGAGAUCAAUGGGCAGAGUGUGGUUGCCAUGCCGCAUGAGAAGAUAGUCCAGACCCUGUCUGUAUCAGUGGGAGAGAUCAACAUGAAGACCAUGCCUGCAGUGAUGUUCAGACUGUUAACAGGACAGGAGACUCCUGUUUACAUCUAGUCUCUCCAUGCUUGCUCCCUCAAUGGCACCCUUUUUCCUGUGUAGUGCACUACUUCUAACCAUGGCCCAUAUGGCUGUAGGUUCACUAUGUGAGGAAUAGGGUGGCAUUUGGUAUGCAUUUUUUUUCUGCGUACUCUCUCACUGCUUCUGCAUGUCUAGGAGAAAGAUGGUGGACAGACAGGAUGGGUGACAGGCAGAGGAGGCUGGUAUUCCAGCCAUUCCAAUGAGCCUGUCCUCCGGUUUAUAGUGACACCAGCCUCCACUGGUGACAGGGUGGUGAUACAUUAGCAACAAUUAUUUUUUCUAUAUCAUUUUAUUUUGGGGGUAAUAUGUUACUUUGCUGAAAAUGUCAACAACAACAACAACAAUUCAACUUCAGGGCUUAGUUGGAGUAGCCUGGAUAACACAUUGUUUGGCGAUGACGCGUAGUACAAUGUUAGCUAAACAGACUGGUACCAGCCUAUAAUUGAACAGCCACAUGGUCAUAAUGGUUUGAUGUGUACAGUGUGUGUGUGUGAAUACGUGUGAAUACUGUUAAAAUAACUGUAAAUGCAAGGUAAAUUAUUAUGUUCUUAUGACUAGAUUGCAAACAAACAUUUUAUUUCCAAUUUAAUAACGUGCCAGAUUAAACAAUUGUAGUGACAUAAAUGUGUUGAUACAGUAACUGAACUUAUUGUAGGGAAGGGGUUGGUCUGUCGUUAUUCUUCAAUAGCAGGGAUAUUUAAGCUACAUCCCGUGCAUACCUAAACAGCAUAGGACAAGGCUAUUCUUCAAUAGCAGGGGUAUUUAAGCUACGUUCCGUGUAUACCUAAACAGCAUAGGACAAGGCUAUUAUUCAAUAGCAGGGGUAUUUAAGCUAUGUCCCGUGUAUACCUAAACAGCAUAAGACAAGGCUAUUCUUCAAUAACAGGGGUAUUUAAGCUACGUCCCGUGUAUACCUAAACAGCAUAGGACAAGGCUAUUCUUCAAUAGCAGGGGUAUUUAAGCUAUGUCCCGUGCAUACCUAAACAGCAUAGGACAAGGCUAUUCUUCAAUAGCAGGGCUAUUUAAGCUAUGUCCCGUGUAUACCUAAACAGCAUAAGACAAGGCUAUUCUUCAAUAACAGGGGUAUUUAAGCUACGUCCCGUGUAUACCUAAACAGCAUAGGACAAGGCUAUUCUUCAAUAGCAGGGGUAUUUAAGCUAUGUCCCGUGCAUACCUAAACAGCAUAGGACAAGGCUAUUCUUCAAUAGCAGGGCUAUUGUUGCCUGGUCUGUCAUUGGAGCCUGCCAUGCCAAUGCAUAACUACUACCUUAGGAGUUGGUAAGACAACAACACAGACCGAUCU